AUGGAUCAUGAUCAGUUCAAGACCGCGGCGCACUCUGCCAUUGAUGAUAUAAUCAGAUACUUCGACAGUGUGCCCGAGCGCCGAGUCCUGCCCGCCGUCGAGCCCGGAUACCUUCGACCUCUAAUCCCAGAGAACCCUCCCGAUGAGCCAGAGAACUGGGCACAAAUUCAGGAAGAUGUUGACACCAAAAUCAAACCCGGCUUGACCCAUUGGCAGUCUCCCAAUUUCAUGGCGUACUUCCCCGCCUGCGUGACGUAUCCCAGCAUUCUGGGUGAGAUGUACUCCGCCACGUUCACCGCCCCUGCUUUCAACUGGUUGUGCUCGCCAGCAUGCACAGAGAUGGAGACUAUUGUUAUGGACUGGGUUGCAAAAGCUCUGGCACUACCUGAGUGUUUCAGGAGUACGUCAGAAACCCACGGCGGCGGUGUGAUCCAAAACAGUGCAAGUGAUGCUAUUGCGACUAUAAUUGUCGCCGCACGAGAGAGGCGUGUGCGAGAGCUGCUGCUUGCUGAAGGCCUCAAAGAGGGUACACCGGAGUAUGAGGACCGCAAGUUCGAUAUCCAAGCCAAGCUAGUCGCCCUUGCCAGUGAUCAAACACACAGCAGCGGUGCUAAGGGUGCUUUGGUUGCGGGUACUCGCUUCCGCAGUGUGAUCACGCGGUUGGAGGAUAACAUGGAAAUGACCGGACCUCGUCUCCGUGAGGUUCUUGAGAAGUGCGAUAAGGACGGACUUACUCCGUACCACCUCACGUUGACUUUUGGCACGACAAAUACGUGCAGUGUGGACCGCUUUGCAGAGAUCAAGGCAGUUCUGCAAGAAAAGCCAGCGUGGCAACGCAUCUGGGUGCAUAUUGAUGCCGCCUAUGCCGGUGCGUCGCUUGUUGCGGAUGAGUGGCAGCAUAUGGCGAAGGACUUUGCUGAGGGUGUUGACAGCUUCAACACGAAUAUGCACAAGUGGCUGCUGGUCAACUUUGACGCUAGCGUCCUCUUUGUCCGGAAUCGCUUGGAUCUGACGAGCGCAUUGGAUAUCACACCAACUUAUCUGCGUAACCCAUACUCGGAUAUGGGGAACGUCAUUGACUACCGGAACUGGUCUAUUUCUCUCGGUCGCAGAUUCCGCGCGCUGAAGAUUUGGUUCGUGAUUCGGAGCUAUGGUCUCAACGGCAUGAAAGCGCACAUCCGCAAGACCAUUGGGCUCGGUGACAUUUUUGCCGACUUAGUGCGCGGUCGCUCUGAUCUAUUUGAGAUCGUCACUAAGCCAGGCUUUGGCUUGACUGUCUUCCGCAUCAAGAACCCCCAGUUUGUAUCUAACGGGGCCAGUGAAUCCUCUGGUCGCGUGGCCAAAGACGACGUGGCUGACGGCCUGACUAAGAAGAUCUCCGAAUUGGUCAACACGCGGGGCGAAAUCUUCAUCACCUCUACAGUGGUUGAUGGAGUCUGUGUUUUACGGGUGGUUAGUGCCAAUGCUCUGGCGGAAGAGAAGUAUAUCCGUAAUGCGUUUGAUGUUAUCGUCCGUACAACAGAGGAGGUGCUGCAAGAACUGAAGUGA